AUGUCAUCGUCCCUCAGCAACAACAAUCGGUCGUUCCCGGGGCCUGAAGCCAUUCUUCACCAGCCACAAGUCGACCCUCAGCAGCCAGAGCCAGCUGAAACCUCGCGGCCCCUAGUCUCUGGCCUCCGGGGCGACGAUUACUAUGCGUGGGUGCGACACUGGGGGCGAACUCGCGGAUCAACGCCGUUCGAACAGUUCCACUCUCAAGCUAGACGGGAGCAAGACAAGCUCGAACGCCAGAGACUUUCUAUGGAAGCAGGUAGAAUACAGACACAGCCAUGGGAUGACUCUGUCGAUAUUCGGGGCAACGCCUAUAACAACGUUCGAAACAGUUGGAUAGAACAGGGCAUCUGGAGGAAAGCAUGGGAUGAACCGUGGGCUAAGGAAACAGACGUCGGAUUGUUCGAUCCAUCCCCUCGCUCCCUCACACCGGAACCGACUAAGUCGCGGCCAGGCUAUCAAUGGGGCCAUGAGGACGGAGGCCCGCCGCCAGACCAAGAGUUCGAGCGGGAUCUGUUUCGAACGAUUUACGUUGUUGGAGACCUGGGAAUAUCUGAAGAACAGCCCAAAUGGUAUGUUCAAGGGUCCCUGGCGGGCCCCAAUUACCCGAUUCCGUAUCCCAGGACUCGCAAUUCUGAAGGAUCUCGUCCCUACCGCCAGUUCUUGUAUCAGAUCGUCAAGGAGCGUGAGUGGAUAAAAGAUGAGAUGAACUUUCAGAUUCAGUUCCGCCCUUAUAACGUCGAUCUCGAUUCCAUGGCCUACGAAACUGUCAAGAACAACUGGAUCGAGGAUCGCAUCUGGAAACCCGAAUGGAACGAGCUACCGGGGAGUACUUGGGCUCAUGAAGAUCCCCUCCAAGAACAGGAUAAGGUGGAUUAUUUUCGCAUUGUUGAUGACUCGGGUGAACAGCCGAGCACUGUCGUUCAUGACCCGAGUAAAGGGCCAAGGCAUAACCCUCAACACUCUGUUCCCUCUUCCCAUGAUGCAUCGGAUCCUGCUGGUACAGGCAAAGAAUCGCCCGCCCCGAAAGGCGUCAUCACGAAGGGUAAGCAGGUAGCCAAGGGGGAAACUACAGGGACUGCCUCCGAUCCGUUUCGUCCCAGUCCAUGGACUUCUGACACUGCGGCAGAACAUCAAGGGGGUGAAUCGAGCUCUGCGCAGACGAAGGGUGGAAAGCGGCGCCGACCAAGGCGAGGUGAUCAGCAUGACACGCCGAGAAGUGCAAAGAGACAGAAGAAGAGUGGCAAGCAUGGUCGAGGCAAAAAGUAG